UUACAGUGCGCAGCUAAGAAAGCCUCCCCUCAGCCAGCUGCCUGCUCGGUGUAAUAAACAUGACGAUGUUGUCAGCCACGGUGUUCCCAGCGUAGCAGCACUAAAAGUACAGCACUGCACACAGCAAGAGACGUUGGAUAUUGUCUUUAACUAAGUUCGCGACCAACUGUUGUUGGAGCUCUUUGAUCGCGACAAACACCAUUCUAUCAAGUUGAGAAGUGGACCGUAAACACUGCAAUGCCUCUGCUGUUUUUGGAGAGGUUUCCAUGGCCCAGCCUGCAGACCUACACAGUACUGAGUGUGGCUUUGCUUGCUGGUAGCAUCUUUAGUGCCUACACCACUGUGACUGAUCCAGGCUUUGGGGUCUUGGAAAGUGAUGAAACUCCAGCUCCCUCUGAAGUGGAUCUUGAACAUCUAAAUAAUGAAAUUAGUAACACAGAAUUGGCAACCACUGUCCUGUGGUAUCUGGUUACUGACAGUCUCUUUGUAUGGGUGUUAGUCAACACAUUCUGCUGCUCUUUGAUGCUGAUAGCAAAAAUGAUUCAGUAUGUGGUGUUCGGCCCUCUUAGAGUCAGUGAGAAGCAGCACCUGAAAGAUAAGUUCUGGAACUUCAUCUUCUACAAGUUUAUUUUCAUCUUUGGGGUAUUGAACGUGCAGACAGUGGAGGAGGUGGUUAUGUGGUGUUUGUGGUUCUCGGCCCUGGUUUUUCUCCACCUCAUGGUCCAGCUCUGCAAAGACAGAUUUGAAUAUCUGUCAUUCUCCCCCUCAACUCCCAUGAACAGCCAUGUGCGAGUGCUUUGUCUGUUGGUCUCCCUUCUGUUGGACUGCUGUGGCCUGGCUGUGGUGUGUGGUCUGCUGGGAGCUUCCCAUGGCAUGCACACCCUCUCCUUUAUGGCAGCAGAGUGUCUGCUGGUGACUGUACGCACUGGGCAUGUCAUCAUGCGGUACUCCAUUCAUCUGUGGGACCUAAACCAUCCAGGGACUUGGGAGAGUAAGGGAACAUAUGUCUACUACACAGACUUCAUCAUGGAGCUAGCUAUGUUGUUUCUGGACCUCAUGCACCAUAUCCAUAUGUUGCUUUUUGGUAACAUCUGGCUGUCCAUGGCAAGCCUGGUUAUCUUCAUGCAGCUGCGUUAUCUCUUCCACGAGGUCCAGCGUCGCGUCCGACGACACAAGAACUACCUUCGUGUCAUCAACAACAUGGAGGCCAGAUUUUCUGUUGCUACUGCGGAGGAGUUGGCAGCUAAUGAUGAUGAUUGUGCCAUCUGCUGGGAUACUAUGUCGACAGCACGCAAACUACCCUGUGGCCAUCUCUUCCACAACUCUUGUUUGCGCUCAUGGCUCGAGCAGGACACCUCUUGUCCAACAUGUCGGACAUCCCUUAACAUUAAUGGGGAUGGGGGCCAGGCGAGAGGCCAGCAGCAGGGCGGAGGCUUGGAGGACAACAUCGGCCCUGUAGGAGCGGCUCCAGAUGCCAGACCACAUAUCAACCAACACAACCACUUCUUCCACUUCGAUGGAUCUCGCAUUGCCAGCUGGCUGCCCAGUUUUUCAGUGGAAGUAAUGCACACUACCAAUAUCUUGGGCAUUGCUCAGGCCAACAACUCCCAGCUCAUGGCCAUGGCCCAUCAGAUCCAGGAGAUGUUCCCUCAGGUGCCCUCCUACUUGGUAAUGCAGGACCUGCAGUUGACUCGCUCUGUGGAAGUCACUACUGACAACAUCCUGGAGGGGCGCAUCCAGGUUCCUUUCCCAGCACAGGCCAUAGAGAGCGCCCCUAUGCAGGUAAACUCUGCACCAGACGAGCAGGCAGGACCCAGUGCGGCAGCUGAGCAGGCCCUCAGUGAGUCAGACAACAUGGAGGUCAGAGGAGGUCGCUUCUCUAAGUCGGCUGAGGAGAGGCAGAAGAUGCUUAAGCAGAGGAAGGAAGAGAUGCUCCAGCAAGCACGCAGGAGAUACCUUAACAAAAGUCCAGAGGACCAGGACGAGGAUUUACCUGGACUGGAGGAGGACAGUUUCCCAGAGUUGGACCCAACUGUGCUGAGACGUAGAACCGUGGCGGCAGCUGCAGAGAGGCGUGUGCAAAACCAGCAAGACCCUUCACCCUGAUACAAAGAUUGGCUUCAGCUGAGGAGUCUACCACAUCAUCAUCCCAAGAGGCACCGACAGAGCUAUUUCAACCUUCCCCCAUUUGGUGUACAGUCAAUGGUCAUCAACUGUUCAAAACUAUAAUUAAAAAGCAUUGCAAACAUGGCCUUUGGACUGUUUUGGGCUGCGUAAAUAAGGUGGGACUAUUGUGAAUAGCCUCUGCAUCACUGAUUCAAGCCUGAGCAUUUGGAGCAUUAUAUAAAUUAAUGGGUGCAAGUCAAGAAAUGGAAAGUUGCAUUGCCCUUUAUUCUUGUGCCACACUUUGCAACCACCAGCUUCAAUAGAGAGUCAGUAUUUGCUAUGAUCGAGACUGGCUGUCAAGAAUGAGCAUGCAUCGCGUUCAGUAGAUUUUAUGAGAAGGGUUUGAAGGUGUCAUUAGAUAAAGCUAUUAUUUGGGUCCUUAUUUGUUUUCCUUUUAUCAGAUUUUUUUUCCACUUGUUUUUGGCUCAUGGCAGCAAGCUUCAUAUUCUGGAUGGAGAAACUCAUCUUGACGUAUUUGUGUGUUAUUUUAUGAGUUUCAACUGUGAAUUGAUUGUAGGCAAAAAUAACAUGUUUUUAUUUCUUACCUUGGAGUAAGAGAAUGUCACUUUAGUAUUGUUCAGCCUUUCUGUCAAAUAUGAAUGUUUCUAUCAAAGUAAUGCUGCAAGCAAAGUGUUUUUGACCCGCAUGGGUUGUUCUGUAUUUAGUGUGUAAUAUCACCCAUUGCAAACAAUUUGCAUUUUGUUAUUUAACAAGAGGGGGGAGUUGGCAUGUGAAUCUUUUGUUUUCUAAUACUGAUCCCUUGACAUGCGUAGGUAAUAAGAAAAAAAAGGGGUUGUAUUACAUUUUGUACAAAUACAAUGGGUGUCAUCUUCUCAGUCUUUCUUAAAUUUACCCACUGCUGUUGAGCUGUGGAAACUUUUCAGUUGAGUAUGGGGUUAUUGGACAUCAGCGUCUACCAUUUUUUAAAGGUAUGUAGAAACGGCUAUACUGCAGCAGCUGGACUCACUGCACUGUACUUUGAGGAUGUUGUCAGCAGUCUUCAUCAGUUCUAUAUGUGAAGUUCUUUUACUGCCACUGGUAGAAAUGGUGAAGCCUAUUGGAUGAGAAGCAAAACAUUGUCAAAACUUAACGGCAAAUCCAGCUGCGUUUAAUACCUCUAAAAAUUAUAUGACCUGAAUGACUGAGACAUUUUUUGAGUGUUUUUUUAUUUGUGCAGCCUUUAUCUACUCACAUUGAGGAGUGCUAAUUGAAAAGUCAUCCCAGCAGGGAAGAUAAUCAUCCUCUGCUAAAAGAUGUUAUUACGAAAAUGUACAGCAUCGUACAGCGUGGACUGAGCCCUUGAAGCUUUUUGAGUAUUGUCAAAUUUCACUGAAUCUGUAGCUGGUUGAGACAUAUCAACGGACACAAAGACGGAGACUGUGUGUAUUAUAAGUGUUUGGUUUCUAUGAUUACUGUGCCAGGGCAGUUUGGGGUGAGAUAUGCAUGAAUCUAGACAAGAGCUUUUGUUUCCUUCCACUUUAUCCCAAAGAGCAGCCCACAAACUUCCACUAAAAGCUGAAGUGGUGUGAUCUUAAUUGUGUGUUUAUUUUGUUGCUCAAAUUCUGUUUGGGGGUGUUGUAAGAACACAAUAUCGGGUUUAUAUCUCAAAUUUCGGUUAGUCAAAAUGAAAAAAAAAAAAAAUUGAACAGUUUUGUUUUCAUUUUUAGUUUCACAUUCAGUUACUUAACUUUUAAUAUCCAUGAUAUAUUUUCCUAUUCAUGGGUUAUCUUUCAUAACCAUUGCUUAUUUAAUCAAAGCUGAAAUACUUUUGGACUGAGCUUUCCUGUAUUUUUGUGCCUAAAUUUAGAGCGGUUCAGUUAUGGAUAAUUUCUGUAAAUCUAGUUUUUGUAAAAUAUGUUAAUACAAAAUAUUCAAUAAAUAGAGCUUCUACAGCUUUUUAACAAAA